CCUCAUCUAUCUGCUCCACUCUUUUUCCAUUCUCAUUAGCCUUUUAUCUUCACUUUCCUCUCUUUAAAGCCUAAUAAAUAUGAUUGAGUACUCAUCUAUGUCAAAGACAAUGAUGGAGAAAAUAAUGACUUCUAAUUGGUCAGAACUUUUAAGAGACCUUUUAGUUGAUGAGUCUAAUUCUCUUCUUAUGUUGCCACAAGGGAUAGUAAAUGAAGUAACCAACACAAGUCAUGAUGAUUUUUCAAAAGACCAAGUCUUUAAUAGGUUCAUUUCAAAUAUUUAUUCAGGUCCUACCAUUUCAGAUAUUGAAAAUGCUUUGUUAGUUACUAACCAUAGUAACCACUUUCAACAAAAUUCAUCAACAAGAGUUUCAAUACUGGAAAAGAGUUUGAGUAAGAUUGAAAAUAAGUAUACUUUGAAACUCAAAUGCUUUGGCAAUGGGAUGAGUGAUGAUGGAUAUAGGUGGAGGAAGUAUGGUCAAAAAUCCAUUAAAAAUAGCCCAAAUCCUAGGAGUUACUAUAGGUGCACCAACCCAAAGUGUGGUGCUAAGAAGCAAGUUGAGAGAUCCAUUGAAGACCUUGACACUCUUAUAAUCACUUAUGAAGGACUCCACUUACACUUCACUUAUCCAUAUUUCUUAGUGGGCCAAUCUAAUUCUAAUCCACCAAUCAAGAAGUCCAAGCCCACUUCUUCACAAGGCCCAACCCAAGUCCAUAAAGCAAAUGAUGUUCAUGAAGGUCAGAUUAUACAGGAAGCCCAUGAAGCCCAAACUAGUGCUUCUUUGGGACUCAUACCACCCAAUUUAUUGGAUUCUACACAUGACAAGGUCCAAGAAAAUUUGACCUCACAAGGAUUGCUUGAAGACAUGGUGCCACUCAUGGUUAGGAACCCCACAAACAAUGUUGAUACUUGAUAGUGAUGAUUACUUAAAACUUUCAUUUUCUUCACAAGCUUCUCCUCAAUAAAUUUUAAGGGAUUAUUACAAUUUUUAUAUAUCAUGUCUUACCAAAAAAUAAAAUAACACUAUAUAUCAUGUAAUAGUUUUUUUUUUUUUUUUGAAGGCAAUAUCAUGUGAUAGUAUAGUUUGAGUUUCCCAUGGAUGAAGGAAAAGAUUGGUUAUGUAUUUUACUAUUUAAUUUUUAGGAUUAAUUAUGCAUAUUUUUUGUCAAUAUUAGGUGAUUAAAUAUUGUGGAACAUGUUACGUGAACUAAUAAUAUUUUAAGUUCUUAUCAAA